GUGGUUUUUAUUCUCCUUGCUAGCGGUAGCACUGGGAGGAAAAAACUGCGAUCCUGGCGUUUUAAGGAUAAUUUUCCAGAUUGAUUAGCUACAGUACAUACGUACUGUAACGACUUGGCGCGAACAAGGACUGCUGGAGGAGACGAAAAUGAUGCAUCAGCAAUCCAUGAUGGUUGGAGAUAUGAUACCCGUACAUUCUGAAAUACCCGUGCAUACUGAAGAGAUGAAUAACGUUGGGUACGACAACAGUAAUUCAUACGCUUAUGAUGACCUGUUCCCGGCUUUGCCGCAUUCGCAGCCACCUGUGCAGCGCAACAUUCAACAAGUCACUAAUAAAUUGCGUGUCGGCUCUUCGCUUCAUACUCAGGUUUUCCAUGUGCCAUACGAAGAAAGAAAAUUGGACAAUGCUAACACUUUUGGAGAGGGUGAAUCUUUGAGAACUUGUCAAUCGAUCACCAAGGACACCGGAGCCCAUAUUGAGAUAUCUACAAGCAAGGAUGGCAGCUUAACUUUUCUGAUAACUGGAAAACAUAGCUCCGUUCUUGACGCGAGACGACUUAUAUUAACCCAUUUUCAGCAACAGGCAAGCAAGCAAAUAACAAUCCCUAAGGAACACCACCGUUGGAUAUUAGGCAAGCAAGGGCAAAAAUUAAAAGAGCUUGAGAAGGUUACUGCUACUAAGAUCAGUGUACCUGGUAUAGCUGACAACAAUGAGACUGUUACAAUUACUGGUACGAAAGAAGGAAUUGAAAAAGCUGAACAUGAAAUACGUGUUUGCUCUGAGGAACAGUCGCGUAAAGCUCUUGAGCGUGUAACUGUACCGAAGAUUUAUCAUCCAUUCAUCCACGGUCCAUUCGGUGAACGCUCUGCUGCGCUUAGUGCGGAGACCGGAGCUCGUAUUCAUAUUCCGCCAGCGUCGACUCAAAGCGAUGAAAUCGUUAUUGCGGGAGAGAAGAAUGGAGUCUUAGCAGCUAAAGCGCAAAUAGAGCAAAUUUAUGAAGAAAUGGCGAAAAAAUGCUCAACUGUCCGCGUCGAAGUGCCUAAGUCUCAACAUAAAUACGUAAUUGGUGCUCGGGGAAAUACGAUUCAAGAAAUUUUGAAAGAGACUGGAGUGUCCGUUGAAAUGCCGCCGCCUGAUUCUCCGACUGGCACAAUUACUCUUCAUGGACCGCAUAAUAAAAUUGGUCUUGCCCUAUCGAAGGUAUGCGAGAAAGCUAACUCUGUCAAAACUGCUACUGUUGACGCUCCAACAUGGAUCCAUAAAUAUAUUAUUGGAAAGAAUGGGUCUAACAUCAAAAAGAUUACUCAAGACUUUUCAAAGGUACAUGUUGACAUAACGCAUUCCGAGGAUAAGGUUAAAAUAGAUGGGCCACCAGAAGAGGUAGAACGUGCUCAAGUUGAACUGGAUGACUUUGUUAAGAAUCUGCUUGCAACACUUACAUAUGUCGAACUCUCUGUUGAUCCUAAAUUCUUUAAACAUAUUAUUGGCAAAAAUGGAUCAAAUAUUAACCGACUGAAAGACGAGACUGGUGUAGUAAUCAAUAUUAUUGAAAACGAAGGAAACAACGUAAUCCGUAUCGAAGGUAGUCAUCAAGGCGUAGCUGAUGCAGAGAGAGAAUUAAGAGAGAUGGUAAUGAAACUAGAGAAUGAGAGAUCCAAAGAAGUUUUCGUUGAUCAUAGAUACAUUAAAUCAUUAAUAGGAGUUAGAGGGGACAAAAUAAAAGAAAUUCGUGAAAAGUUUGAUCGUGUACUCAUAUCACUGCCAGACCAAGGUCAAAAAAGAAGUCCCAUCAAAUUAAGAGGUCCCCAAGAAGACAUUGAAAAAUGUGAAAAAUAUCUUCACAAAUUAAUGAAAGAGAUUGCCGAAUCAUCCUAUGUCCAGGAAGUGCCUAUUUUUAAACAAUUUCAUAAAUUUAUUAUUGGUAAAGGUGGUUCUAAUUUAAGAAAGAUUCGAGAUGAAACUUCAACAGCAAUCGAUCUUCCAGCAGAAGGAGAUGAUAGUGAUGUUAUUACCGUAAGAGGUAAACGGGAAAAUGUAGAGGAAGCCGUUAAAAGAAUACAGCAAAUCCACAACGAAAAAGCGAAUAUUGUAACCGACGAAGUUACGAUUGCGCCUAAGUUCUAUAAUUCUUUAAUUGGUGCAGGUGGGAAACUCAUUCAUUCCAUUAUGGAGGAGUGUGGCGGUGUACUUAUUAAGUUUCCGCCUGCCGAUAGUGAUAGUGAUAAGGUAAUGAUUAGAGGCCCUAUAGAAGAUGUAGAAAAGGCUAAGCAACAACUGUUGGCGCACGCAAGCGAACGUGAACUCACUUCGCACACAGCACAUGUUCGCGCUAAACCGGAGCAUCAUAAGUUCCUGAUUGGAAAAAGCGGUGCAAAUAUUAAAAAGAUUCGUGAGCAGACUGGAGCUCGAAUUGUUUUUCCGACAGAAAAAGAUGAAGACAAGGAAGCCAUUUUCAUUAUUGGACGCGAAGAGCAAGUUGAAGCAGCGCGUAAACAACUUGAAACUGCCGUGGCUGAAAUUAGCAACGUAUCGGAAGGCGAAAUGUCCGUAGAUCCUCGCCACCACCGGCACUUCGUAGCGCGACGAGGGGAAGUACUGCGACGCAUAGCAGACGACUGCGGCGGCGUGCAGAUAUCCUUCCCGCGCCAAGGCGUCAGCAGCGAUCGUGUCGUACUUAAGGGACCCAAGGAAUGCAUUGAGGCGGCGAAGAACCGAAUCAAUGAAAUAAUCGAAGAUUUAGAAGCCAAGGUUACAAUUGAAUGUGUUAUUCCUCAAAGGCAUCACCGCACAGUAAUGGGUGCUCGAGGUGCCAAGGUUAAAGACAUCACAGCAGAAUUCGAUGUGCAAAUUAAGUUUCCAGAGCGCGAUCCUACAGAAGGUGCUGAUAUACCUGUUAAAAAUGAUGAAAGUUCAGAACCAAGCUUUAAUGACAUUAUCAGAAUAAUGGGCCGCCCUGAAAAUUGUGAAGCUGCUAAGAAAGCCUUGCUUGAGCAGGUACCAGUAACAAUUGAUGUUGAAGUACCAAAUGACUUACAUAGACUACUUGCUGGUCAAAAGAGAAGAGAACUGAUGCAAACCUAUGAUGUUCAUAUUUUGAUGCCUUCUAAUGAAGAAAUCAGCGACAUUGUAAAGGUGACUGGAACACCAACUAAUGUUGAAAAAGCAAAAUUCGCACUUGCUGACAAAAUAAUUGAAAUGGAGAAAGAAAAAGAAGAUAGGCUUUUGAGGUCUUAUGAAUUGAAAUUCAAAGUUGAUCCUGAAUAUCAUCCUUUGGUCAUUGGCAAAGGAGGUUCAGUGAUUACUAAAAUUCGCACUGAUUAUGGAGUACAAAUCAACUUGCCAAAACGAGGGGAACCAGAUGAUGACAUUAUCACUGUUCAGGGUUAUGAAGAUAAGGCAAUUCAAGCCAAAGAAGCCAUCAUGGCCAUUGUGCACCAACUUGAUAAUCAAUAUCGGGAUGAAGUAGACAUCGAUCCUCGAGUUCACAGAAGGCUUAUCGGCCUCCGCGGCAAGAACAUCCGACGUAUAAUGGACGAGUACAAAGUUGAUAUUAGAUUUCCAAAACAAGGUGAUGAUAGCAUUGUUGUGAUAACUGGCGAUGAAGACAAUGUUUUGGAUGCCAAGGACCAUCUCCUAAACCUUGCAGAAGAAUAUUUGCAAGAUGUAGCGGAUCGAUACCAGAGGCCAGCGGCACCGUCUCUGGGUGAUUUCGGAGACGUGCUGGCUGGUGAAACAGCUACUGCCGGCGGCGCCGGUGGUGCCGUUGUUUCUGGUGGCGCUCAGCAGGCAGCGACCCCCGGUUUCGUCGUGAAAGGGGGCCCGUGGGAGCAGCGCGCGCCGGACACCGCGUCCACGCACGAGUUCCCUACCAUGCCGGGCGCGCCGCGGGCCGCUGCGCCCAGCCCAGCGCCCACCGCCGCGUGGGGCCCGCGUCGCUAAGUCUUCCCUGUUCGACCACGUCCCCCGAAGUCACGUAUUCGUAAUCUAUAUAGAUUAACAAAAAGACAGCAAUUCGCUUCAAACGUCAAAAUAAAGCGAAAUUAUGAACGAACUAAAACAGUUUGUAAUUAUUGACUGAUUACUGUCGUGUACUCUUUUUUUAGACUAGACUCGUUAGAUACCGAGACUACGGGUGGGCUUGUGAUUAUACACAUUAUAGAUGUAUACUGUUUACAUAUACUAAAUCUCUUCAUAUUAUUGACAGAAUUAAUUUGUUUACUACUAAAUGCGUCAGGAACGGCAAGUAGUAAUUAUUAUUCAGUAGAUGACAAAGCGAUUAAAUAUUUCAUUCCUUCUCUCGAUUAAUAUAUAUAUAUAAUAAAAAUUCGUUAAUUUUCAAUUUAGAUUAAUAUUGCCGAAAUACGCCAUAUAUAUAUGCAUAAUAAAAAUCGUUAUUAUAUUAAUAAAAUAACAUUUUACAGAAAAUGCCAUUUUCUGAUUUGCAUAGAUUGUACUUUUGAUACAUAUGCAUAAUUAAUUUAAAUGUAAAGGACCGAUAUACGCGAUAAUAUUUUGUAAUAAAAAUAAUAUUGUUUAUCAAAAACAUUUCUAAGCAAAUAGGUUAUGAGUAAAGUUUGGAACCAAUUUUUUUGAAAACAGAAUUGAUAUAUUUUUAGAUUGUUUCUUUUAUAUGCUAACAUGGUAGAGUAACUUUCAAAUAACUCUUAUUAUUCAGUUUCGUAUACUGGCCGAUGUUCAAUUUUCUUUGGAUAGCAUAUUUGCAUAUCACAUUGUUAAUUACUUAGUUGGCGUAUUUGACUAUGAAUGAGAACCAAAUUAUCACUAUCAAUUUAUACAUGAUAAAGUAAUGGUAAUUUGCAUUGGAUUUGGAUUUCUUAUAAAAAUCGAAUGAUCAUAUCUAAAAUAGAACUGCAAGUGAAUUGUUAAUAACUAGUCAUAUAACUUAUCAGUAAGCAAAUCUAAAUUUUUGUAUGGGUUUUAAAAAAACAUUUAUUUGCAAAAUUCAUCUUGAAAUAUAAAAGGGGAAGAUAUGUCAAACUUUUAUAUGAACAGUCAAUAAAAAAUUCCAAUCUUUAAACAUAACAUAUUAUUUUUAAAAAUGUUAUAGUUGUACUUAUUGGUUAAAAUAAUAAUGAAAUAAUUUUACAUAAUAAUAGUUUUGUUUUUUUCUACAUUGUUUUGUAAGUGUUGCCUAAAGCAGUAAAUAAAUCAAAACUAAUUAAUAAGACGAGAAUGAAUAUUUUUACAAAGUAAUUUGUACAUAGUGAAUUGUGUUUGAAAUAUUAAUAAAGUCUUUUACAGUA